AGAGUAGAGGACCACUCCGCGAUUUACACGGGUUGUUGUUUAUUUUACCCACCGUGCGCUAUUUUGUUUUGCGCUCCCGGUGCGCACGAGGACUUCUAAAUGAUCCAGCGCGGUCCUCCAAGAGGGGGCUCUUGGGUCUCGGACCGUCUUUUCCUUUCGGUCGGGGGGCGGUUGAGAACUGCGACAGCAGAGAGGACUCCAGAUCCCGAGGGCAGCUUGUGGCACUGAAAUCCCUGCGAUGGAGUGAUCCCCCCACUGCAGGAACUUUGCUGAACUUGGUGGAGAACUUUUCCUUCUGUAUCUAUUUUUGUUUGAUUUUUGUGUGCGUGUACUCCGUGAGGAGUUUCUAUUUGACCCCCCACCCCACCCCACCCAUCACCACCCACCGGUACGAUCAUAUAUGGAUAGCGAAAGGUUUCUUGCUCAGGAAUCCGGCUCAUAUGGAUCACCGCUGACGGCUUUUAUGGAGCCUGGAUUACACUGCGCAGUGGCAGCCCGUUGAACGCCCCCCCACCCCCCUCACACACACACACACACGCACACACACACACACACACACACACACACACACACACACACACACACACACACACACACACCACCGGCUCCGGAAAGUUAUUAUUUGUUGUUGUUGCCACACAUGACACUGUGGUGAGUUGCGCCCGUUUCUCCUCACCGCUGCCAGAACAAUGGCGAGCUCCGGCGCAGCGGCCCGGAGCGCCCGCCGCGCCGCGCUGCUGCUCCUCCUCGGCUGUCUCGCCGCGGCCUCGCCGCCCCACGGCCGGCGGCUUAUCUGCUGGCAGGCCAUCAUGAACUGCCAUGCCGAGUCCGAGUGCAACUACGCGUACGAGCACUACACGCGCGCAUGCGGACCCGUGCUCAACGGCGAGCGCAGGAAGUGCCCGAGCCACUGCAUCUCGUCGCUCGUGCAACUCAACCUGACCCGGAACGGUCCGGCUCUGGAGGACUGCAGCUGCGCCCAUGACCAGAUAUGCACGGCCACCAAGCGGGCCAUUGAGCCCUGUCUGCCGCGCACCACCAGCACAGGCUGCACGGAGGCGCGGCGGCAGUGCGAGCGCGACGGUCCGUGCAGUUCCGCGAUGCACGACUACCUGAAGCACUGCGGGAAGCUGUUCAGCGGCGCGAUCUGCACCAACGCGUGCCGCGGCGUGAUCGCGAACAUGCGUAAGAUCCCCAAAGGCCAGCAGCUGGACGCGUGCAUGUGCGACGGCACGGAGCGGGCCAUCUGCGAGUUCGUGAAGAGCAGCAUGAAGGCGCUGUGCUUCGACUCGCCCGCCGCGCGGGGCCGCGAGGAGGUGGAGGAUGAUGGGGGCAGUGGCUCGGACUACGUCCGGAACAUGCACUACGACGAGGACCUAGAUGAUCUGGACGACCUGGAGGACCCGGAUGAGCCGGACAGCGGAGCCUCUCCUCCGGCGACCCGCUGCGCUUUGACCCUGCUGGCAUCCAUGUUGGCUCUAGUUGCUCUCAUUUAAUAAUUAAUGGGCUAGUAAUCGAACCCCGACUCUUAAAAAAAUAAAUUCUGGUCCGGAUCAAGACAAAGACUUGUGUCACCUUUUGACCCCGGUGCGAGUGCUGGAAGAUCAAGACCCUCGAGAAGGAAGAGGGGGAUGUGUUUUUACUUGGAUGAAUAGAUUUUGGAGACUCUGAAGGAUAUCAAAUCAGGAGAUGUUCUAUGCAAACGAGGACAGAGAGACAUAUUCCAGGCUGCUCCUUCAUCCAGACUGUCUCCUAAAUUUGUCUCCAUGGAGACACAGUUGGGCUUGUUUUUGUGACAACCAUCAAUCAGCUGUGCACUGCCAAUCCUUUAUAUAUAUAUAUAUAUAUAUAAAUAUAUAUAUAACAUAUGAACUAUUUUUCUAUGACGCCCGUUGCUGUGUUGUUUGGGGGCAGCAGUCUACUCUGAUUUACAAGUAUUUAAUGCUGGACUCCUGUGAACUGUACGCAAUUGUAAAUAGAGUUUAAAAGUGAAACAGUAAUUUAUUACAUGCCACCGAGAGUUACAUCCAAAUGACCACCGUGUGAAUAACAGAGCGAGUAUUCCAGCUUUAACGGGAACGUUACCGUGACUGUAAUCUCUUCAAAGAUAAUGUGCAUUGUGUAUAUAUAUAUAUGUGUAUAGCCUAUAUAGAUUUCUUCCGCCCCCCCUUCCCCUCCCAGAGAAUCCUCUAUGUUUUCAGGCUGUGAGCUGAUUUAUUCACUGUGUAUAGCCUAGAGAAAGACACGUCUAAAUCCACUGUAUGGUUUGCCUUAACAAUAUACUUUUUAUAGGAGGCAUAAAGGAAACUUGAAGGUA